UGCUUGGGUUUUAUCAUCUUCGUCUCAAAUUUAAUUUUAAUGUGUGAGUGUGUGUAUAAAUACACAACAAGCCUAAACGUUCAUCUGUGAGUUUCAGAAUUUCGACCUCCAAAACCCUAAUUUUGGCGGACUUCUCUUAUCUCUUUUCGCAGGCGCAUUCAAGGUUAGAGAGAUUUGUUGUAUGUGUAAUUAUGGAAGGCGUCAAUGUGCUGACAAAAGAGGUUGAUGCUAAUGGAGUUCCACAUCCUUCCACCAAUGUUGAUUACCAUCUUAGCAUUCUUUUAGCUUCUCAUUUGAGUAAUCCAGAUCUCACCCCUCAGGAGAUUGCAGAUGCUUCGAGAUGUACUGCUGCCGCUGCUGCUAUUGCUGCUAAGGCCGCCAGAGCUACUGCAGAUGAGAAAGCCGCUGCUGCAGCAAAAGCCGUUGCUGCUGCUAAGACCGCUUUAGAUUUGAUUGCCUCCUUUCCUCCUAACCAGGGACUCGUACAAGACGCAUGUCUCCACAAGGACAAGAAGAUGAAGAAGAAGCAUGUUGCUGCUGACUUGUUGUUUUCCAAGGAUGAUGCAUUACCCUCCAAGUUGCAACUUGGAGGCGUCGUCAGUCAGGGCAUAGUUUCAAACUCUUCUUCGAGUUGUCAACAUAAGAACGACGACCAGUGUGCGGUUCCCACAUGCUCAAGAGAGAGGCUGAAUACAGAGCAUGCCGUUUCCAAGAGGGUGGAAUUCGAUGGCCUUGGCAUGGAGUUAGAUACCGAUAGACUGAACGAAUCUGUUAAUGGAGAAGGAGCAAAAGAAGAGAUUCAGGUGACUAGAAAAAGAGGGAGGCCAAAGUCCAAAUGAUUUGGCUUCUGCAGUUUUGAUUUAGUCUCUUUGUUGCGAAUAGCCGCAAAUGGUGUUUAUCAAACUUGAUUCUAAGAGUAUUUUUCUUAUUGGUUUUC